AUGCUUGAACGACCACUUAAGCAUUUACACUCUCUCCUUCAAAAAGAGAAAGAGUUGCAAGAAACUUUACAUCGAAUUUUGCUUGAAGAAAUUGCCAAUUCACUUUCUCCAAAGAUUUCCAGGCUCACUCAUCUUUAUGGCCUACCUAAGACUCACAACGCCACACAGGACAUGAGGCCUAUUUUAUCAGCAACCGAAACCUACAAUGACAAUCUGGCUGAAUGGCUUGAAGAAAAGCUGAAACCGCUUUUCAUAAAUGAGUAUACAGUCACUGACGCCUUUGCCUUUCCUGAUGAGAUUCGUACUCAUUCUAUGAAUGAUGAAGACAUAUUGGAUCAGCUUGCUAAACUACUCAAAAUUGCCACAACCAAUCAGCUUUUACAGUUUAACGGUCAAGUUUACGAACAAAUAGAUGGCGUGGCUAUGGGCUCCCCACGUGGUACUCUAAUGGCCAAUGUCUUCAUAUGUCAUCUUGAAGAAACACUUACGCGCGAUGACUUAAUGCUCUAUCUGUACAAGAGGUACGUCGACGACACCCUGGCCAGAAUGCCUAGCGCUGCUGCUGCUGUUGUGCUUCUUAUUACUCUGUAG